UCUAUUUUUACAUUGUUCAACGUAUAUACGUUCAUGUGUUGGUGUGAAUAAGCACGCGCUUUAUAAAUUCUUAUAAAAAAAUUGUUUGAAAAUUCUGGUUACUAUGGUACCAACUAAGGCACAUUUACAAAUAUAAACAUUUUCUCGUUGAAAAUGUUCAUACAAGUCAGAAUAUAUUAAAAAAAAAAUUGUUAUCACAAAAAAUCAAAAUUAAUUUUUCUUUCGAAUGGAUUGGGCGAAUAUUUUGUCGAUUCGACCAAAUGAUUUAACCACUGGAGUAUUGGAGACAAUUCCAAAUCAUUUAUCUUCAAUUGAUGUGAAUGAAUUAAAUGUUGAUGAAUUGCGAAAUUUUUUUGAAUUAAAUCGUUUUCUCAUCAACCGCCUGUCAAAUGACACAAAGAAAAAAAAGACAUUGGCUAAAGAUCCAGAAAAAAAAUUGUCCAAAAACAGUGCGACCGAUGAAUCAUACUAUAUCCAAACCAUUCAAGAGUUAAAUCGUGAAAUUGCACAGCAUGUAUGCAAUAAAAAGGCAUCAAACGAUGAUGGUACUGUCAAUGCAUCAAAUGGUGGCGAAGCGGACUCAUUGCAGCCGUUAACAGUCGAUACGAAAAAAGAUCUUUUGUAUAAAAUUCAUAUAAAAAAUAAAUACAUUAAACGGUUGCUCAGUGAAAACGAUGCACUGAAAGUGGAAAUCGAUCAGCAAAAAGAACAAGUGCUUAUGUUAAAUGUUAGUUUAAAGCAAACGGCACAUAAAUUGGCACAAGCGAUUGGUGAUUUAUCGGAACAAAAAACACGAAAUCAUAUGACUGCCGAUGAUAUGGCCAAUUUACAUGCGAAAAUAAACAGUGUGCGAGAACAGAUGACACAAAUUGAACGCGAUAAACAGAAAUACAAGCACGAUGUACUCUAUUUGGGCGAUGAAAUUCAAAAGAAAAUCAAUCAAUGGAAUGAAUUGUUGCAGAAAAAAUACAAUAAUUCGCAAAUAAAUGAGAGAGUGACGCUUAACGACACCGUCGAAAUUCGAAAUUUUGACGAUGCCAUCGAUCAAAGAUCGAAUGACAUUGACGUGAAUCGCUAUGAUGAAAAUCGGUUUGAAGUGAAUGUUUUAUCGGAAGCAAUCAACAAACGUAAUAUUAUCAUCACCGAAAUGGAAAGUCUGUUGAUUGAUUUAACAAUGGAAAUAUCACAGUCAGCCGUUGUCAUUAAUCGUAUUAUUAAGAAUUUGUCAAAGCGUGAAACAAAUUUUGCGACCAAUUUGGAAAAGUUACGUAACCACUUGGCAAAACUCCUUGAGCGUCCCAAUAUUUAUGAGAAUGACAUACAAAACGGGCAUAAAUCCUCAAAGCGUCGAACAAAGAAGAAAUAAACAAUGUUUAAAGAUUUUGAAUAAAUGUUUGUCGUAAUGCAAUUAAAACCA